ACUGUAAGCAGACGACAUCAUUGACGAGCAUAGCGCAUCGACAGACGCUUGCAAAUUUGACCGAGUGUUUAAUUUUUGUUGAGGGUUUAUAAACGACCAUUCUACCCGGAUUUGAUUAUCAUGGCUGUCCAAUAUCGGUACCUCGGUGGAACAGGAGUGAAAGUGUCCAAUAUUUGCCUUGGAACUAUGACGUUUGGGCAAAGCAAGAAUCCAAACAGACCUGGGCAAUGUGAUGAAGCAGCAGCUCAUAAGAUCAUGGACCGCUUCGCAGAGCUUGGAGGAAACUUUAUAGACACCGCUAAUGUCUAUGUAAUGGGCGUCUCUGAAUCCAUCGUGGGUAGCUGGUUGGCAAAGAGAAAGAGAGAAGACUUUGUGCUGGCAACUAAGGGUCGUUUUCAAAUGGAUUCCAACAAUCAGAACUCUGGAGGACUGAGUCGUAAGAACAUCACCUGGAGUGUGGAGGAAAGUCUGAAAAGGCUUAGGACCGAUUACAUUGAUCUGUACCAGAUUCAUGCCUGGGACCCUGCCACACCCAUCGAGGAGACGGUUCGUACCCUGGAUGACCUGGUGAGAGCCGGUAAGAUCCGCUACGUGGGGGCCAGCAACGUGACUGGAUGGCAGAUGCAGAAGAUCAUGGAUCUGUGUCAGUACAAGGGGUUCAACAGAUGGAUAACUCUACAGGCCCAGUACAGUCUUUUAAACCGAGAGUUAGAAUGGGAGUUGAUAGACUGCUGUAAGAAUGAAGGCCUUGGUAUUCUACCAUGGAGUCCGCUAAAAGGAGGGUGGUUGUCGGGUAAGAUGACACGUGAAUCAGCUCCAGAGGGCAGCAGAGUAGCUUUCAUGGAAACCCAACCUGGAGUGAAUGAGAGUUCUCCAAGCUUCUCCAAGUUUGCUCAAGAAGAGAAAGUUUGGAAGCUUUUGGAUCUCAUGCAGUCAGUGGCCAAUGAGGCUGGUAGGUGUAACCCAGAAAGUGAGACAGGGCAACGACAAUCCACACAGGCCCCUAAGUUUACACUUAAAGCCCCACUGCACUUCGUAUAUAGCUACUUAAUUGCGCCCUCUAUAUAG